CGACAACAAGCAAGCAGCAAGCAGCAACAUGGGUGAAGCGAGCAGCGCGGCAGUUGCGGUGCUGGCCGAGCUGGUGCAGGAGGCAAGGGACGUGUGCCAGCAGCACCUGCAGCAGCAGACACAGCUGCACAACACCUUCAAGCACAGCAUGGAGCGUGUGCUCCAGAAGAUCAGCAAGCUGGAGAAGAAGGCACCGUCCUCACGAGCCGUGACCAGCAGCACAGCACACGCUGCCGAGAACGGGGACGCAAGCGGCUCCGAAGAGGAGGUUGUCGAGUACGUGUACUACGAAGUCGAUUCAGAGGCCGGCGAUGAGGCAGAGGUUGAUGACGAGGAAGAGGGCGAAGAAGAGGGCGCCGAUGAGGAGAACGAUCAGGACAAAGACGAAGACAAAGAGGACGAAGAUGGUCCAGCCGUGAAGACCCAGACAACGCACCAGCACCAACAUGCACAGCAGCUGGAAACAGGUGCACCCGCUGCCAAGGCGACAGCAAAGACACCAGCACAAAGAGCGGGUGCAAUCGCCAAGUCGGGGCCCAGGAGAACUGCUCAGUCGAAGCGCGCACCCGGGCACGAGUCGUCGUCAUCGUUGUCGGGGUCUGAGUCUGGCUCAUCGUACACGGGCUCAUCUUACUCUGGCAGCUCUGGAUCAGGCUCUGACGACGGCAGCAGUAGCGACAGUGACGACGGCAGCGGCAGCAACACUGACGACGGCAGCGACAGUCAUCAGGAAGUUGGAACAAAGGCAAAGACAAAGGCAAAGACAGCGAGGCAGCGAACACCAGCAGCCAGCAAAGCCAGCGCGCUGGCACCACAGAAGCGCACGGCAAGGAAGACCGCCAGCAACGCUAUUCGGCCUCCACCGUCACAUCCAUCUCAGGCAGAUGAAUCAGCCGCGGACAAUACCAACACCAACACCAACACCAACACCAGCACGAAUGCCAGCACGAAUGCCACCACAAAUGCCACCACAAAUGCCACCAGCACUGCCGCUACUGACAGCGUUAGCGAGAGCAUGGUCCCAGAAGAGUGCCGCAAGGUCCUCGACAAAGCCGCCGAUGGCACGGCGACAGUGGACGACAUUGGCACCUUCUUUGAAUGGCGGAAGGACCUGCGUGAGGCCGCGUUCGACUGGUUCUGUGCAGAGAACCAGCUGCGAACACAGCACCCGCGAUGGGGGAACAUGUGCAAGUACACAAUGGCCCUGAUCAACGGCGCGCCAGCAACUCCUGCUUCCGAAGGCGUGCGGACACACGUGCUCCACAACCUCAACCUCUUCAUCAAGGAUAAAGGCCUGCUCAGCGCGGAGGAGCUGCGCAAGUCUGGCCGGCGCAAGCAUCGACACACACACAUUCAGGGCGCCGACUUUAUCUCGUCAGAGUACCUGAACAUGUACAUUGCGCUGGAGAACCAAAGCAGCCGCAGCAGCAAGCGCACAUCGUCCAAAGCGGCUGCGCGCAAGUCCAAGACGGGGGAAGCUGCCACAUUGCCAAGGGCCAGUGGAGCAGCGUCAUCCCCAAAGGCAGCACGGAAGAGCAGCAAGAAGACAACCCCCGUGAAGGGUGCAGCCACGACAGCAGCAGCAGGCAAGACCUCGCCCAAGAAGAAAGCAACACCGACCAGAGCGGGGAAAGAGGCGGCAGCCCCAGCGACCACACAUGCGGAACCAGCAGACACCGCGACAGCAGAUGCAGCGCCGUCAAGGUCGACCGCGAAGAAGCGAACAGCAAAGGGGGCGGUAACGCCGCAGUCCGCAAAGAAGGCCAAGACGUCAGCACGAAAGCAGACGGAGACAGAGACGGCAGUGGCAGGUGCUGCUGCUGGCGGUGACACGUUGGUACCUGUCCCGAAGAACAGACGGAAAACAUUCACCGCUCACUUUUCAAAGUGGCCCGAGCUCGAGUGCCCCACAUCGAAACUCAUUGCGAUUGCGCGGAAAUCGCUUGCGUCCGAUGUUCAGCCGCCGCCGCCUGACUGCACAGAUGACUGUCUCCUCGGCGAAGCAAAGCGCUACGACAAAGAGCAGCCGGCUGUGGCGUGCGACAUUUGCGGGAUUAUGUACCACAGCGAGUGUGCGGCAGAAACAUAUUUCGAGCACGCGCCCGGCUUCAUCUGCCCGACGUGCAAUCGGACCACGCAGGUGGACGAGUCGUGGAUGCACUGCGCCCUCAUCAAACUCAGGGAGUACCGCCUUGCGUCCGGCGUGCUUGCUCGGAAGGUGUUCAACACCUUUGAUGAGAAGGCGCCAAACGCCAGUCUCGUGCAAGAGCCAAUGAGUUUCAAUGUGAUGCGCAGCAAGCUUAGCAAGCACGCGUACACCACUUGGGCGGAUUUCUUCCGCGACAUUGGUCUCAUUGUCACCAACCACAGACUCAUGAAUCCAGACAAUCGUCGAGAUGCAGACCAACUGCACAUCCUGUUUGAGGCGCUGAUUGAGGUCACCCGCAGUCGUCUCAAGGCCCUCCGCUCCAAGGACUGACGCGUUGUUUGGUUGUGUGUGUGUGUGUGCGUGUGUGUGUGUGUGUGCGUGUGUG